CCAGUUCUCUCCUCUAUCCUCUCCUUCCUCCGUCUGUGCUGGUCGGCGCUGAAGAAACUGCGCGAUGUCCGUUCCGGGGGUUGUCGGCCGCCACCAGCGGAGGCUUAUCUUACGACAUGGAAUGGGCGCCAUAUCCAGCUUAAAGCUUCCGUGGUUCUCAGAUGAUGUUGAAUAUGAUAUCGCUGAUCCGAGCACUCUCCUUCCGGUUGAUGAUCAGGACAUCAACAAUCUUCUUGCCUUUGAUAAAAGGACUAAGACCUGGGGGACGUUCUUGAGCCCAGAUGAAACUGUGAUGAACCGUUUCAAGACUGACAUACUUCCACUGCCAAGCUCAUAUCCUGAAGGUUGCAAUAACCACUUCAUGCAGUUGCUGAUUUUCCGCAAUCAGUACUGUGGGUGGCUCUCAACUUACAAGAUAAAAGAGGGCGCCGACAUGUAUGUAGCUGAUUCGAUGGCCACCUUCGAUGUUCAACCAAUCAUAAGUGAGAAUGCCAAGGUGCACAGGCCCUACAAGGAGAGUGACUUUGAAUAUUUUCGUGGUUGCAUCACGCCUUCAAUAGCUUCAUACCUUAGAACUAGCAUCAAAGAUUAUGAACGUGAAAAAGAAAUGGUCAAAGGUAUCCAGGGGGAUCUCUUCGUUGGUUACUGUAUGGUUACAAGGAAGAAAGUGAUGAUGAAGCGUAUGAAACUCCCCUUGUUCCACCCCAACGGAGAACCCAGGGAAGUUGUCUUCACCAAGAAUGUAGCAAGCCCUUUCAUCCGAAAAAUUCAUGCUGCUUGGAUUGAUGACAAGGGCAUUGCAUGGAUCGUGUUAGACCAUAUAAAGAUGACUCUUUGGGAUUUCCUUGAGCAGAACAAAGAAUUUGAUAGCAGUAAGAGGCUUGCUAUAUUUAGGAGAAUUGGUAAUGCAGCGAAGUAUCUUCAUGGAGAAAAUGUUGUCUACGUUGACUUGGACCUAGGCAAUGUUUUGGUCACUGAAGAUCAUGAGGCUCUUCUUGCAGAUCUAGGAUCAUGUGUUCUCCUGGAAGACAAGCAGUGCCAACCUUCUGCUUUUCAAUCAUGGAAUUGGUUAUACCAAGCUCCUGAGCUCAAGAAUCACAGAGUUCACGAUGAGAAGGUUGACUCCUGGGGGCUGGGAUGGCAUUAUUUUGUUGACAUGACUUCCCGCUACUUCACAGAAGAUGAGUGGAAGACAAGGAAUGAUGACUUUGACACGCUGAUUACCUCACCAAAGUGGAAAAAAGACCGCUUAGCUGCAUGGAAUGAAUCUAAGCUUUCAAAGGAUUUUGAGGGGAACACAGAUGUGCUGUUUAGCAUGAUCGAGACUGAUUCUGUUCGGAGAGCUGGGAUCCAGGAGAUACUGAAGAAAGCUUGAAGAAUAAGAUAGUGUUGAAGAUCAGGACUGACAGUUCUGCAGGAGAGGAAAGGUGGGGGAAGUCUAAUUUGCAGGAAGUAGCUCAUAUGUUCUACUUUUUUGGUUGAUGUCCCGUUACCCAGAAGCUGCAAUUGCUUUUAAAAUGUAAUUGCUAUAACUUUUGGAGUAAAAGGCCUUGUAAGUUUGGCUGUAAGGCUGCAAUUGCUUAAGUGCUGAACUAAAAGACCUUGUAAGUUUGGCUACAAGGCCGUAGCUAGGUUUCACAAUGUGGGGUUUCUGUCUAUUCUCAGUCAUAUUAUCUGAAUUCGCAUUUGAUGUUUGUCAGUUGCACUCAAACGCCCAUAUCAUUGGCUAAGUUGUAAGGGCCACAUGGCAAUUUAGAGGUUUUCGAGGUUAAAAUCCUGAUAUAAAUAUUUUA